GGUGCUGACGUCACUCGAGCCCACUGCCAACCAGCGGGAUCCUUUGAAUGACAGAGUCUAGUGAGGAUCGCGAGCAGAAAACAAAAGGUCGUGAAUUGUGUAGAAGAAGGGUGACUUUAUCGACGAAAUACAAAGCUCUUUGAGCUAAAAAAACCAGCAAAAUGGCCUUAGUACAGACCAAUGCUUGUGAUCCAUUCGACAGAUUAUCACAGAGAGAAUUAUUAGCAAGAAUAUUGAGCUCUGAAGACAUAGAUGAUGACGACCAUCAUUCGAUGGAGUGGAGCUCUGACUCUGAACACGAAUACGAAGAACAAGAAUGUGAAUGGAAAUGGGAUUCAAACCUUUUGCCAUCCACUUUCCUGCGACAUGAGAGCAGUGAAGUACUCUUUCACCCUGAUUACAGUUGUGGCACAGCARCAGCUAAGGGUGAAGAACUGUUACAAAAAGAUGCAGAGCACUACUGGGAAGUAAAAAUGACCAGUGCCGUCUACGGAACAGAUAUGAUGAUUGGUGUUGGUACAAGACAAGCUGACCUGAUGAAGUAUCGAACAUCAUUCUGUAGUAUCCUCGGAAGAGAUAGUGAGAGUUGGGGACUGUCAUAUUUUGGUACGAUGCACCACGAUGGAAAAGGCAGAGAAUACACUACAAAGUUUGACCAGGGAACUACAAUCGGCAUUCACUUGGAUACCUGGACUGGACAACUUGCUUUUUUGAAAGAUGGCAAGCAUCUGGGCGUGGCUGCUAAGGGGUUAAGAGGGAAAGAUCUCUACCCAAUGGUAUCAUCGACAGCUGCAAGAACAAAAAUGAGGCUUAUGCGUAGCACUUCUGUUGGCUUCUCUCUCCAGUACUUAUGUUGUGCCAAGAUUGGAAAAUUAUUAUCCAAUCCUAGUGACAUUAAAGCCCUACCCCUACCCCCAGGGGUGAAGCAUUUUCUCAUGAGAGAACUGGAUUGGAUCUUCAAAGUACAUGCUAAGCCAAGGCAAGAUACAGUUAAAGAAGCAAAAAGAAAGCAAAGAUGCUGAAAAUAUGCACAUAUAGCAAAGUCUUUAAUUUAAAAGAUCCAUAUAAUUAUUACAGUUAUUUGCCAARGGAAAAGUGACAAUUGGUAAGUUUUUACCAAGCUGUGUGUCUACCAAUAAUCACUGUGAGUGCCUCUGGGGAAUACAUGUUUUAGUACCAUUACAAAGGUGAUUAUCUGAAAGAAAAUAGACUGCUUCAUUUCUACAUUUUUUUAUUUAUCUUGCAUUUUGAAGGUGGCAUGUAUCAACAAGUGGUACUACUACUUCUACUAAUGGUGUGUGCAAUUCGAUAUUCACCUGUAGGUGAUUAUCAAGAAAUAUUUAGAAGUUCUAGACCAAUCAGAGAGCACUAUUUUCUAUAAUCACCUGGGUAAUUAUCCUGAUUAAUACUUCAUAUUUGAUCCACUGCAGGUCUGAUUUCAUUUUUUCCAAGCGUAAUCAAAAUAAUCUUUUUAUUUGUGAUAAUGRUAUACAGAAAAAUAAUGUGAAGUGGGCCUUAUUUAUUUUGAUAUGCAGUUUUAUUUCAACAUGACAGGGUUGGUUUGRGUUGGGAUAUUAAUAAAUUAUUACAAAUUUAAUAACAUGCUUAGCAAAUAUAAAAAUAUAAUUUACGUAACGAAAAACCAGAAUGAUGCUGGAAAUGGUUUUUCAAAUUAUUUGAAAAAUGGCAAUUUUUUUUAGAAAGUGCUUUAUUUAUAAGAAUAUGUUGGUAGGAUGUUUGUUUGUUUAGAUGUUUGAGUAGUUUUCCCCUUGUGUUUUAACUCAUUUUAGCCAUUCCUUGUCUAACCUGUCUUAUAGUACACUCAACAAAAUUCCUCAACUCUGAUUGGUCGAGAGGAGUACAAUUAUAGCGUUAAUUGUACUCUGUAGGAGUACCGAAUUAAGUCGCUAUGGCAACACGGCCAAAACAAUG